AUGAACCAGGAUGCAAAGAAGCAGAGGAUGCUUCCCAGCUACCGUGUGAGCACGUUCACCUCUGCUCCCAGGCAUCCUCUAGGGGUAAAGCCGUCCGGGAACGCAAUUAUGGAGGGAUUCGGGCCGAAAGAACGGGCAGAAGCCAGGGGGAAGCUGCUUGGGCAUCUUGCAAUCUUUCCUGAGGAACUCCUGGUUGAAGUCUUGACGUAUAUUACCACCCCGGAGGACCUGCGGAACCUCGGGCAUGCUUCGAGGAUGCUUUAUGCGUACACCUACGAUGAAGAGCUAUGGAGGAAAAUGUACACUAAUGAAUUCAUUAGAAUGGAGCAAGCAGCUCGAGCUGACAGCAAACCGGUAGUACUGAAACCAUAUGGAUGCGAUCAAUGGAAGGGCUCGUGGAGAAAAACGAUUUUAAAGCUCGGCGAUGACCAGGAAGCCUGCUUACAGGUUCGUGAUACACUGUACUCAGACCUGCUAUACCGCCCCUACCAGUGCUCGCAAGUGGAUUAUAAGACCAUCUUCAGAAAAGUCAUUGAUUUUGAGAGGCGGUCUUCGAAUCUCGUCUGUAAUCUGAAUCCGGAUUUCGGCAUCGAUCGGUUUGAUGAGUCCCAGUUUGACGAGGAAAAGUUCAGAAAGGAGUACAUCGAUAAGCCUUUCAUUCUGCGGGCAAAGGAUAAUGAUGCUAGGUGGCCAGGCUGGGACCUUGCAUAUCUUGUUUCGAAAUACCCACAAGUUAAGUUCCGUCAGGAAAGUGUAACUUGGCCGCUAUCGCACUAUGCAGACUAUUUCAAGAAGAAUAGAGAUGAGUCGCCUCUCUAUCUUUUUGACUGCGCCAGUGAAGCAAUGGAAAAGAUUAAAAACCAAUACGCACCUCCAGAUGUGUUUCAAAAGGAUUUCUUUACGUUAUUCCAACAAGACGGAGUCCAAUGCAGGCCUGAUCACAGAUGGUUGAUUGCUGGGCCCGCGAGGAGUGGAUCCACAUUCCAUAAAGAUCCUAAUCAGACUUCAGCAUGGAAUGCCGUACUAAGCGGCAUGAAGCUUUGGGUAAUGCUUCCCCCAGAUGUGGCGCCCCCAGGCGUCUCGACGGACAAAGAAGAAGAGGAGGUUACCUCCCCGGUAGGGAUCACGGAAUGGGUUCUGUCCGGCUACUACAAUGAUGCUGUCAAUUUGGCACAACAGGGUAAAUGUCGAAUCGGAGUUCAAUUCGCAUCUGAAUGUAUAUAUGUGCCAGCUGGUUGGUGGCAUACCGUCAUUAAUAUUACGGAUUCUGUGGCGUUGACAGAAAACUUUGUUCCAGAGCCUAUAUUACCAAGAGUGUUGAACUUCUUUAAAAACAAGACUAAGCAAAUAUCUGGGUUCCACAUGAAGGACUUGGUAGCUUCUAUUGAGUCCUUCCUUGAACUACAGAGGGGAAAUAUUGGAAAUAAAACUAACCUAACCCUGCUAGAGGAGUUUCUUGAUCAGAGUAAGACAUCGCAACUUGACAACGAAGAUUGCGGUGUCCUGAAUGCUUCUGAAAUAGCAGCGCCGCUUUACGAGUUUUUCUGCGAGCUAAUACAACAAUCGGAUUACCGCGGAGCUCUUCCUGCGGCACAGCAGGCUCUAAAAGAUAUAGAGAUCCGUGAUGCCCAGCAACAACAAACCUCUCGCGUAAAUAUCAAAGACUCAGAAAAGUGGAUGGAGCUCACCAAAAUGUCUGAAUCUCCCUUCUCUUUUUGUUUUGAUGCGGACGACGAUGCAUAA